GGGGGCGUGGCCGGCCGGGGCGUCUCGCGCUGGGUGACAGCUCGCGCGUGCUGGUGAUGGCGGGCUUUGAAGCUGCCUGGCAGUGAGGACUUUGCAGUAAUUAAAUUCCCCGGGAUCCGUGGGAGGAUGACGGGGCUGCCGCGCGCCCCGGCCGCGGCGCGGCGGAGCAGAGGAUGUGUGAGCUGCACUCCGUCGGAGCAGCGACCCCUCCUGUGAGACAUGGAUAGAUGCAAACAUGUGGGGCGGCUACGACUCGCCCAGGACCACUCGAUCCUGAACCCCCAGAAGUGGCACUGCGUGGACUGCCACACCACCGAGUCGCUCUGGGCCUGCCUCAAGUGCUCCCACGUGGCCUGCGGGCGCUACAUCGAGGAGCACGCCCUGAGGCACUUCCAGGAGACCCAGCACCCCUUGGCCAUGGAGGUGCACGAGCUCUACGUCUUCUGUUACCUCUGCCAGGACUACGUCCUGAACGACAACCCCGAGGGCGACCUGAAGCUGCUCAGGAGCUCCCUGUCGGCCAUCAAGGGGCAGAGGAGCGGGAGGACGCUGCGCUCCAUGGCGCUGGCCGAGGACGCCUGGAGGAGGAGGAGCCCUCAGGGCCAGUCCCAGAUGCUCACGGCGCUGUGGCACCGGCGCCAGGCCCUGCUGGCGAGGGCUCUGCGCACCUGGUUCCACAAGAGCUCCCGGGGACAGCUGAAACUGAAGGAGAAGAAGCAGAUGGAGGAGCUGGAGAAGAAGAAGGAGGCGGCUCGGCAGCGGCGGCAGGAGAUGAAGAGGCAGCUCCUGGAGGAGCUGGCCAGCACCCCCCCGAGGAAGAGCGCCAGGCUGCUGUCCCACGUGCACAGGGAGAGCUUGAUCCCAAGGAAAUUCAGGGAGGUGGGCGCAGCUUCCCCUACCUCACGGCAGGUGCAGAGCAGCAGGUUGAAGCAGUUCUACUCCAUCCGGCGGCAGCCCCUGAUGACGCCCGGGGUGACGGGGCUGAGGAACCUGGGCAACACUUGUUACAUGAACUCCAUCCUGCAGGUGCUCAGCCACCUCCAGAAGUUCCGGGAAUGUUUCUUGACUCUUGAUCUCUGUGAAACGGAAGAGCUUUUAGCUAAAACUGUGGACGGGAGGGCCAGGGUGCCUGGCAGGCUGGCGAACGGGGCUGCUGCUGGCGAGCCGGGGAAGCCUGACAGGGUGGGCACGCAGAGCUCUCCGGCCGGCUUGAACGGGGGCUCCUCCAUCAGCCGGAGUUUGGAGCUGAUCCAGCCCAAGGAGCCCAGCUCGAAGCACAUCUCCCUCUGCCACGAGCUGCACACGCUGUUCAGGGUGAUGUGGUCUGGCAAGUGGGCCCUGGUGUCCCCGUUUGCCAUGCUGCACUCCGUGUGGAGCCUGAUCCCGGCGUUCCGCGGCUACGACCAGCAGGACGCUCAGGAGUUCCUCUGCGAGCUCCUGGACAAGGUCCAGCAGGAGCUGGAGUCCGAGGGCAGCAGGCGCAGGAUCCUCAUCCCCUUCUCGCAGAGGAAGCUCACCAAGCAGGUCCUCAAGGUGGUCAACACCAUUUUCCACGGGCAGUUGCUCAGCCAGGUCACCUGCAGGACGUGCAACUACAAAUCCAACACCGUGGAGCCCUUCUGGGACCUUUCCCUGGAGUUCCCAGAGCGGUACCAUUCCCUGGAGAAGGGGCUCCUGCCCGUGCCCCAGGCUGAGUGCCUGCUCACCGAGAUGCUGGCCAAAUUCACCGAGACAGAAGCCCUGGAGGGGAGGAUCUACGCCUGUGACCAGUGCAACAGCAAACGGCGAAAAUCUUCUCCCAAACCUCUUGUUCUGAGUGAAGCUAAAAAGCAGUUGCUGAUCUACAGACUACCUCAGGUCCUCCGGCUGCACCUUAAACGCUUCAGGUGGUCUGAGCGCAAUCACCGCGAGAAGAUCGGGGUCCAUGUCCUCUUUGAGCAGGUAUUAAACAUGGAACCUUACUGCUGCAGGGACUCUCUGCCCUCCCUUGCCACAGAUUCCUGUGUCUAUGACCUCUCGGCUGUGGUGAUGCAUCACGGGAAGGGGUUUGGCUCAGGACACUACACAGCCUAUUGCUACAACACGGAGGGAGGUUUUUGGGUGCACUGCAAUGACUCCAAACUGAAUGUAUGUAGCGUGGAGGAGGUGUGCAAGACCCAGGCCUACAUCCUCUUCUACACUCAGAGGACGCUGCAGGACAGAGCAGGAAUCCCAGAGCUCCCAACUCAGGUGUUUGCCACCCAGAGCCAGUGACAAGGACACGGGACUGCCAUUGCCACGAGGGAAACACUGCCAGCUGCUUCUGGGGACUUAGGAAUGAAACAGGAGAAAACCUCUGGAUCAACACCCCCCAAUCCCUAAAAUCCUGCUCCAGCCCCAAGAGGAACAGGUACAGUACCCUUGAGGGGCCUGGUGCAUCCCAGAGCUGUUCCUGCUGGAAAAACAUUGAAAUUCCUCUCAAUUCCUCCCUCUGCUGCCCCUGAACUCCAAUUUCUGUGCCACAUUCCAGGGUUUUCUCUGGCCUGAACUCAGCUGGCAGCUAAAUUCCCUCAAAAAUGGGAUUUUCAUGGAGUUCUGCUGUGAAGAAAAUGGGGUUUAACCUCCAAAAAUGGGUUUUAACACACAUAAAGUGGGUUUUAGCACACAACAAAAAUGGGUUUUAACCCCCAAAAAUGGGUUUUAAACUCCAUAAAUGUGUUUUAGUACACAAAAAUGUUUUAAUCCCCAAAAAUGGGUUUUAACACACGUAAGGCGGGUUUUAGCACACACACAAAAAAAAGGGUUUUUAACCCACAAAAAAUGGGUUUUAACCCCCAAAAAUGGGGUUUAGCACACAUGAAGUGGGUUUUAACCCCCCCAAAAAUGUGUUUUAACACCCAAGAAAGCCCCCAGGAAUGUCCCUGAGUGGCACAUCCAGCAGCCAAAGCAAAGCCUGAGCUCCAGGGUUCUGCUGGCAUCACCUGGAUCGGGAAGAGUUUCCAAAUCUGUGGCAGCAGAAGUUGGAAUUUGGGGGAAAAUUCCCCUUUUUUUUGUACAAAUGUGGCUGCUUUUCCUCAGGGGAACGGGGUGGUGGCAAUGCCACAUUCAGGGGGGGGCUCUGUCACUGCUUUUGGGGUGAAAAAUCAGUAAAAAAAUGGCAUUUAUUGGGGUUGGCACAGGGGUGGUGCCACCUUUGGAGGUCUCUAUUCCUGCAGGGCCACGCAAGGGGAGGAAUGUGAAAUCCCAAAUUCCACGUGGAGCUGGAAAAGCUACAAAAACAAAAAGUCUGUAUCUGAAAUCAGCCUGAUUUUGGGAAUUCUGUGGGGAAAAAAAAAAAAAAAAGAGCCUUAGCUGGACUAUUUACAGUCACUUCUACAGUUGCACCUCAGGUGUGGUUUUUUUGUCAUUUUGGGGCUUGGCUGUUCACAUUUCACCUUUUAAUCUGAAUAUUACAACUGGUGUCUGUUAAUUUGGGUUAAUUUUUUUUAAUAAUCAAAAAAUAUGAGGGUUUUUUUUGGUUUUUUUUUAAUAUUCAGUUUUCAGGCAGGGAAGUUCUCCAAGUGUUUUUUCCUCCUCCUUUUUUGCUCCUUUUGUCUCAUCAGAUAAACACGAGCUGCCAACCUUUGUUGCUGUGGGGGAAAAGCUCCUAAAUCCCAUUUUUUCCUGGGAAUUUCAACCUCCACUCCUUGGGAAAACUGAGCAGAGCAAGCAAAAAACUUGGGAUUGUGUCAGAGAAAAAUUCCCAUUUCCCAACGUUCCUGAUGCCAGUGGCAGGCCUGGAGUGUCCUCCUCAAGGACAGCAGCAAGUGACAGGAGAAUCUAAUUAAUUCAUUAAUUAAGGGCUACAAAUGAAGGGCCUUGAGGGGCAGAUGGGGGGAGGGACUCACUGCUCGAUCCUUGUGGGUCCCUUCCAGCUCGGGAUAUUCCAGAAUUCCUGAAUAUUCCUGGCUCUUUUUUAUGCAGCCAGGUUUGUCCCAGAUCAUCCCCAAAUCAUCCCUGGAUCCAAGGCAGAGCCUGGCCCCGACAAGGGGGGAUUAAUUAGCAAAUUAAACCUGAGGUUAACCC